AUGAACUCGUCAACUUCAACUCCGCCGUCCGCGACACCGCCAUCCCAUCACAAUCCUUCCAAUCAACCUUUUGUCUCUACCAAAGCCAUCGCCGAUCUCCCCCUCAGGCCCGCUAUUCACCCAGACAACAUGCAGUGGCCGCCUUUUGAAGAGAGUGAAGAGUGGUGUCUUAUGGGACGCCAGCUCCGACGAUUCCUCGAAGCCGACCGGUAUCAUGCCAGCAAGGUCGUCCACGACGACUUCACUUGGAUGGAUAAGUGGUGUCCUGCGUCUCAUUGUAGACCUAACGAACCCUGGUUUGGAGAAGGUUGGUUUAGAAGCGACGAAAUCUUUUACCGUGAUCUUGACGCCUGGAGAGCGGAGAUGGCGCGAUAUGACGAGAUGGAAACUGCUCAACAGUUGUUCCAGGAAAUGCCACAUGGAUAUGGCAUCCACGCCAGUGGCUACAACCAACGCCAUGUUCAGUUCGACUACAACAGACCUUCUUCUGCUCCUUCUGACCCUCCUGCUUUCCUCAUGAGACCCUGGCCGUUCCAGGAUGACGCGAACCACCCAGCCUCUGAGGACUUCUAUUUCCCACCUCGCCAUCGUUCCGUCAACUCUUUCCCGGAACCACAACUUCUCUCUCACCACCAUCGAGCGCCCGACAACUCUUUCGGCGUAUCUUCACGGGAAACGGACCUGAGCUUGGCCGAGGCUACCACAGCCAGAUCGUCCGCGACUGCGACUCCCACCCGUUCUCGUGGCAAAGGCAAGUUGCUUCCUUCUCGGGACCGCAGCAUCUCUCCUCGUGCGAGACUUCCCGCCCCUGAAGCCAGUACCGCCUCUGGUACACGACGAUGGAACGACUAUCGCCAGAGAGAGCCUCUUGCCUCGUCUCGGUUCGAUAAUAGUGACAUCAGUCCAGUGCACACUUCUCGAGACGACGACAACGCGUUGCUGAACGACAACACUGUCGACCACAGCCUCACCAUGGCGAACGACAGUUCCCUUGUCCAAAACUCCCAUGUCUAUGAGGACGACGACGAAGCUGUUCACCAUUCGAGCACGGUGCAGGCCCGGGUUCGGCACCAGUUACAGCAACAUCUGUCACAGUUCCGAUUCAGACAGCACAACAACAACGACCCCGGUUCCCAGGAAGCCACACCAACCAAAGGUCCCAACAUGGCCCGCCGUGAUAUGGACUUCAACGAUUCGAGAGGUUUCAUACUUGAAAGUCAAGGGCACGGCAGCGGAGACACCGGAUCUCAGCAUCAGCAACUGUCACACCCCAACCAGCUUGCCCCUAUUGUGGCACCUCAGCCUUCUUGGCAGCCGGAAGAAUACCAGUGCUAUCUUGACUUCGGUCAGUCACGUCGAGCCCCGACCAAUGCGGAUUUCGUACAGCUCCAACAACAAUAUCAGCAGCAACUCCAAAUCCAACACCCGGUCUGGCCACACCACAUCCUCACUACUAGUGGCCCGGGACCGAAUGAAAGCCAGUUUGAUGAGAUUGAUCAUUGUCAAAGGUCACUCAUGCGGCAUGACUAUCCCUUGCUAGCCCAUUCAAACCUCACUGGCCAUCUGCAACCCCAGUUAAAUCCGUUUCAUACGGGAGGUCCAGCUCUUCAGCCACCUAUCGGCACUGGUCUUCCAGGAAGCCAGGAAGGUAUCCAGAUUGGUCCCACGUCUUUCCUUCCAUCCACUCCUGUAGAGGAGCUUGUCUCUACUCCAGAGGCGGCCCCUCUCCAGCGGACUACUAGUCGGGACGCGAGCAGGGUGCAUGCUGGCACAUCCAACGACUCUCCCCCCGGGCCUGAUGAAAAGCCUGCAGCAUUGGCCUCAAUCAACAGUGCCUCGGUCUCACUCAAGAGUCACAGUCAAAAGCUCUAG